GCAGCCGGGGGGUCUCUGCAGAUAAAAGCGAACUGAUACCUCGGGUAUUGUUAAUUCCAAACAAGAUGAAGAUCCCCUCUUUGCUGCUGAGAUUCCCUCGUUGUUAUUUCUCUGGAAGAACUUACUUCACGAACUUGUGCUUCACAAACUCUCACUUGGCUUCCAGAGCGGAUUUCCCAUCCAUUGAAUCUCUUACAACGGUGCCCCACUAUCGUACAAGAUGGAAAUGUUCAUCACACAGUUUGAGGAGAGAGCUGUGUCAACAAGUGGCCCCUGAGCAGCAACUAGAGGGGCUUUCUGACAGAGAACAAAGGCUCGUAGACAGACUUUACAGUGGACUAAUCCAGGGUCAUAGAGCCUGUUUGGCAGAAGCUAUUACACUUGUAGAAUCAACUCAGAGUAGGAAGAAGAAAGUAGCCCAGGUGCUCCUUCAGAAGGUAUUAUCCUACCACAGGGAACAAGAAAAGUUAAAUCAAGGAAAACCACUUGCCUUUAGAGUUGGGUUGUCCGGUCCGCCUGGUGCUGGGAAAUCGACUUUCAUAGAGUGCUUUGGGAAAAUGCUUACGGAAAGAAAAUACAAAGCCCCCCCCCCCCAAUACGAAAUUGGGAAAUAUGUAUCAGUGCCCUACUUUUUUCAGGUUUCCUCUUUUCCAGUGUUCAAAUGUUCCUUUUCAACUUUUUUGUCUGAAACCUUAGAUAGCUACGGUUUUCUCCUGUAG